AUGGUGUCCUUUCUGAUUCUCAGAACUCAUGGCUUUCCACACAGAUUCACCUCAGUGUUCAUUCUUAGCAGAAAAGCACUGUGCUUUUGCUCUUCUUCAACACUACCCACAUCAUCAUCAUCUUCUUCUUCUUCUCAUGUGCCUUCAUCCCAGUCAAUGGUCAAAAGGGUUUGCUCAUUAGUGUGUGAAUCUUACUAUCAGCAUGCCCACAUGAGAGUGUCACCUCCAAGGCUCCAUCUUGGCAUUGAUGCUGAUUCCUUGACCCAUGAACAGGCUAUUACCAUUGUUGCUUCACUUGCAGAUGAUGCUGGUUCAAUCGUGGCCUUGAGUUUCUUCAAUUGGGCCAUUGGGUAUUCCAAAUUUCGACACUUUAUGCGGCUUUAUAUAGUGUGUGCAACAUCUCUUAUUGGGAAUGGGAAUUUAGAGAAAGCUCGUGAGGUGAUGCAGUGUAUGGUGAAGAAUUUUGCUGAGAUUGGGAGGUUGAAAGAGGCUGUUGAAAUGGUUAUUGAAAUGCAUAACCAGGGUUUAGUACCAAAUACUCGGACAUUGAAUUGGGUCAUCAAGAUUACAAGUGACAUGGGUUUGGUUGAGUAUGCAGAGUACCUGUUUGAGGAAAUGUGUGCGAGAGGCGUUCGCCCAGAUUCUGUUAGCUAUAGGGUGAUGGUUGUUGCAUAUUGUAAGAUGGGUAAUGUUUUGGAGGCCGAUAGGUGGUUGAGUUCCAUGCUUGAGAGGGGAUUUGUGGUUGAUAAUGCAUCAUUUACAUUAAUAAUCAGUAGAUUAUUUGAAAAGGGCUUUGCAACCAGAGCAUUAUGGUAUUUCCGUAAGUUUAGUGAUAUGGGUUUGAAGCCUAAUCUGAUUAAUUUCACAUCCAUGAUUGAAGGUUUUUGCAAAAAGGGCAGCAUCAAGCAAGCAUUUGAAAUGUUAGAGGAGAUGGUUGGUAAAGGUUGGAAACCUAAUGUGUAUACACAUACAGCAUUGAUUGAUGGUCUCUGCAAGAAAGGAUGGACUGAGAAAGCGUUCAGACUGUUUCUUAAGCUUGUUCGAAGUGAGAAUCACAAGCCAAAUGUCCUUACAUAUACUUCCAUGAUAAGUGGUUAUUGCAGAGAUGACAAACUAAACCGGGCAGAAAUGCUACUCAGCCGAAUGAAAGAACAGGGAUUAGUCCCGAACACCAACACAUACACAACCCUCAUUGAUGGGCACUGCAAAGCAGGAAAUUUUGAAAGAGCAUAUGGUUUGAUGAAUCUAAUGAAUAACGAAGGUUUCAGUCCAAAUGUGUGUACAUAUAAUGCCAUUGUUGAUGGCCUUUGUAAAAAGGGAAGGGUACAAGAGGCUUACAAAAUGCUUAAGAAUGGCUUUCAUAAUGGGUUGAAAGCUGAUAAAGUCACCUAUACUAUUCUCAUAUCUGAACAUUGCAAACAGGCAGAUAUUAAGCUAGCAUUGGUGUUAUUCAAUAAGAUGGUCAAGAGUGGUAUUCAACCUGACAUUCAUUCAUACACCACAUUGAUUGCAGUCUUUUGUAGGGAAAAAAGAAUGAAGGAGAGUGAGAUGUUUUUUGAGGAAGCUGUGAAAUUUGGACUUAUCCCUACAAACAAAACUUAUACAUCUAUGAUAUGUGGUUACUGCCGAGAAGGAAAUUUGAAGUUGGCGCUGAAGUUUUUCAAUAGGAUGGGUGACCAUGGUUGUGCUCCAGAUUCUAUUACUUAUGGUGCUCUUAUAAGUGGGCUUUGUAAACAGUCAAAGCUGGGUGAGGCUCGUAGGUUCUAUGACACCAUGAUAGAAAAGGGAAUUACUCCAUGUGAAGUUACUCGGGUAACUUUGGCUUAUGAGUAUUGCAAGAUAGAUGACUGUAUCUCUGCUAUGGUUAUUCUUGAAAGGCUGGAAAAAAAACUCUGGAUCAGGACAGCUAAUACCCUGAUCAGGAAGCUAUGUAGUGAGAGGAAAGUGGGUAUGGCAGCACUGUUCUUCCAUAAGUUACUAGACAUGGACCUUCAUGUAAAUCGUGUAACAUUAGCAGCAUUUAUGACUGCAUGCUAUGAAAGCAAUAAGUAUGCUCUUGUUUCUGAUUUGACUGCAAGGAUACACAAGGAAAAUCGUUUAGCAAUCAAAGUCACUAAAUAG